CACCUUAAGGCGAGCAGCAGCGGCAGCGACCAAUCACCAUGCCAUUACAGCCUUCAGAGGAAGCUGUUUAUGGGACUGCAGCGCUAAUUAGGCUCAUGAACUAACAAAUCUGCCUGCACGAACCCGGCGAGGAAAACGAUCACAUCCAUGGAUUAGUCUGGGAGUAGCCGAGCACUUUUUAUUUUGGCUUUCUCGACACUGCCGCCUUUUCCCAACUUAUUUACUGCGCAGAAACUUUCCCCCUUUCUUGGGUGUGGAGUAUUUUUUAAGCGAGAGCGCCUACGACAACUUUAACUUAAACUGGGGAAUCUGGACUAUCAGACCAUGUUUCAACCUACACCCAAGAGGUGUUUUACUAUAGAGUCUUUAGUGGCGAAGGAUAAUCCUGUACCGGCGUCCCGCACCGAGGAGCCCAUCAGGCCAGCGGCUCUCAGCUAUGCAAACUCCGGCCAGAUGAACCCCUUCCUCAACGGCUUUCACUCCGGCGGCAGGGGCGUCUACUCUAACCCGGACUUGGUGUUUGCCGAGGCGGUCUCUCAUCCGCAAAACUCAGCCGUCCCGGUGCAUCCGGUGGCCCCGCCGCACGCUCUGGCCGCUCACCCGCUUUCGUCCUCACACAGUCCGCACCCUCUUUUUGCCAGCCAGCAAAGGGACCCCUCAACUUUCUACCCCUGGUUAUUACACAGAUAUAGGUACUUGGGUCACAGAUUUCAAGGUAAUGAAACGAGUCCAGAGAGCUUCCUUUUGCACAACGCGCUGGCCAGAAAGCCCAAAAGAAUCCGGACAGCUUUUUCACCUUCGCAACUCCUGCGGCUCGAACACGCUUUUGAGAAAAACCAUUACGUGGUGGGAGCAGAAAGAAAACAGCUCGCCCACAGCCUUAGCCUCACAGAAACUCAGGUAAAAGUGUGGUUUCAGAACCGGAGGACGAAGUUCAAGCGACAGAAGUUGGAGGAGGAGGGCUCGGAGUCUCAGCAGAAGAAGAAAGGAUCGCAUCACAUAAACCGGUGGAGACUGGCGACAAAACAGGGGAGCCCAGAGGAAAUUGAUGUCACUUCGGACGAUUAAAAAAAGACUAUAUAAGCGUCUGAGUGAAGGAGGACAUGGAUAAAGGAUGCCGUGUAGAGACAGUGAGGGGGUAAAAAGCCAAUGUCACAUUUCAGAUCUCCGGAGAUCGGCAGCUGCGGGUGAGAGAAACCCGACUGGUGGCACUGCUGUCACCGUGUGGGUCUGUCAGGAAAAUGUGACUGACAGUGUCUCAGUCCACCCACCUGAGCCCUUCCACGCACCAACCACCACCACUACAAUCUCCCAUCUACCACCACCUAAUUAUUUUUUCUCCAAUUCAUAUUGGACGUUUGCACUUCAGAAGGUUUUUUUUUUUUUAAACAAAAAAUCGUUUCCACUCAAGAUACCAAAACACCAAACUGCUUUUGUAAAACUUGAAUUGCAUGGUAUAGUUUUUCCUGGUAGCUGUUUUAAUUUGACAAGUUUUUCUCCAACCAAGAAAAAAAUAUCAAUUUUGUUUUUAACUCUAUUUUCAAACAGAGAUGUCGUGCUUCUUCCUUUUUACAAAGUGUGCAGUCUUUAAUUAAUGAUUCUCGUGUAAA